AAAGGUAAGAAAAAUACAUAUAAAAAAACUCUAUAUACCCUGUAUAUUAUGGGAUGUCAAAUUAUGAAAGUGUCAGCUGUUUGACUAAUUGGCAUAUCUGUAAGCCUUAAACCUUGAGAUAAUAUGUGGCUGACUUAAUUAUGAUGUCAUAAUGAUCUGUAAGCCUCAAGUGAAUAUGGGGCGGGGCUUAAUUGUGAUGUCACAAUGAACAGAGUUGACUUGAUAACUGACACACCAAACAUCAUUGCUAUCCAGCACACAAGAGAAAAUUGACAUUAUCGAAAGGUAAGAAAAAUACAUAUAAAAAACUCUAUAUACCCUGUAUAUUAUGGGAUGUCAAAUUAUGAAAGUGUCAGCUGUUUGACUAAUUGGCAUAUCUGUAAGCCUUAAACUUUAAGUUAAUAUGUGGCUGACUUAAUUAUGAUGUCAUAAUGAUCUGUAAGCCUCAAGCUAAAAUGGGGCGGGGCUUAAUUGUGAUGUCACAAUGAACAGAAUUGACUUGAUACCUGACACACCAAACAUCAUUGCUAUCCAGCACACAAGAGAAAAUUGACAUUAGCGAAAGGUAUGAAAAAUACAUAUAAAAAACUCUAUAUAACCUGUAUAUUAUGGGAUGUCAAAUUAUGAAAGUGUCAGCUGUUUGACUAAUUGGCAUAUCUGUAAGCCUUAAACCUUAAGUUAAUAUGUGGCUGACUUAAUUAUGAUGUCAUAAUGAUCUGUAAACCUCAAGUGAAUAUGGGGCGGGGCUUAAUUGUGAUGUCACAGUGAACAGAGUUGACUGACACACCAAACACCUAUUUAUAUAUUUCCAGCACACAAGAGAAGAAGAACCUUAGUGAAAACAAACGAGAGAAGAAGAACUUUAGAGAAAGCACACGAGUGAAGAAAAACCUUGUGAAAACACACAAGUGAAGAAGAACUUUUAAAAAAAGCACACGAGAGAAGAAGAACCUUGUGAAAACACACAAGUGAAGAAGAACUUAAGUGAAAGAAGAAUGAGCAGUUUCUGUUCAUUUAGUGACUUGCUGAAAACAAGACAAAUGUUGAGAAGAUUGUUUUGCGCUUGUUGUAAGGUAAGUCUAUUAAAAAAGAUUGGGGUGUGUUCUGUUGGGUAGAAUGGGGAGAAAUACAAGUGCAAAGUGCACAAAAUAUGGGCUAUAAUAAUGGCCCCAGAAGAGGAAAACCUGGUAACACUUGUCCUUUUGGGGUUCCAGAGAGGAAUAAUAAUUAUUUGAGUAAUGUCCCUCAUUAUUUGACUCAUUAAUAAGCAUUUCCCUCUUAUUAUCAAGUGCCUGAAUGAGUUAUCAUUAUGUGCACAGAGAUUAAAUCAGUUCUUUUAGAGCAAAGUGGGCUUCAUAUAUAUUGAUUUUCUUUCUAUUUGUCAUUAUUAAAGUCAAAAGUUGUGUUUGAGUCCAUUUUAGUAUGUUGUUUGCAGUUGCCUUACUUUCUUCCUUACACUAAAUAUUCUAUUGUUCUUUUAUCCAAAACAGGGACGAAAGCGAAAAACUCAUUUAAAGGAACCCAGAGGAACAUUGGAACUGGGAAAUCUGAUUGGCAACGGCUCCUCCGGCCAAGUCUACAAGGUAAACUAAAGUAUCUAACACAGAGAUAGCAGAUAAAUAAUAACUUCAAUUGGUUGUUCACCUAUGAAAUAAUUAUUAGGGUGGUGUAGAUCAUGAGACAGUUUGCAAUUGGUCUUUUUUUAAUUAAAUAUGGUUGUUCUGCAGCUUAACAGUUUAGAAUUUCAGGAGUGAUCUAGUUUUUAUUUACCGUAGUAACUAUAUAGUGGUUACAUUAUAGACUGGAAAAUUUAUAAGCAUUUCAAUUAUCGCUUCACAGAGCAACAGAUUUACAUAAACCAGAUAAGAUUAUAAACUGCAAGCUGGAUAGAGAAAAGCAAUUAUUUAAAAAAAACUUUAUAGAAACAAAAAAUAAACAAAAACUUUGUGAAGAAUAGGUCAUUCUGUAUCAUGCUAAAAUUUAACAUAAAGGUAGACUUCCCCUAAACCUUUGAUUAAUUCUGCUGUAAGCAUGACUACCUAUAAAACUUCUUAUAAUAAGCUAGCCUGUUAUUAUAGGUAAUUAAAGAUGGGAACUAUAGAGGGAUGGGAUGAACAUGUUCGGAAAAAGGCAAUUUUCAAAUAUUAACAAAAUCCAUUUUUUUUGCUUUUACAGGGUCACAAUCUGAAAACCAACAAGGUUGUGGCCAUUAAAAUGAUGAACCCUUCUGAGGAUACUCAGAAGGAAAUAAAAACGGAGAUAGAGAUCCAUAAGGAAGUAUCAAGGCAUAAAAACAUCGCCUCAUUCUAUGGAGCCUAUCAACAACGUGGCUCCAUAAUGAUGCCUAUAAUGAUUGAAAUGGAAUUUUGUGGAGGUGGGACACUCUUCGAACUGAUCAACAGCCCUUUUUGUAGAGGUCUUCCCGAACAUUGCAUUGCUUAUGUAUGUCGGGAAGUCUUAAAGGGUCUGUCGCGCCUCCAGAAAAAACAAAUAAUGCACCGAGACAUCAAGUCCCAUAAUAUUGCGAUUACUGAAGACGCCAGUAUACGUUUAAUUGAUUUUGGGCUUGCACGAAAAAUUAAAAGAUUUUGGCCUUGCAAAGAACUACAGGGAACGCCGCACUACAUAGCACCUGAGGUGUGGACAUGCAGCUCAUAUGAUUUUAAGUGCGACAUAUGGGCUUUGGGAAUAACUGCCAUUGAGAUGGCAGAAACAAGCUGCCCACUGCUCCAUUUACAAGGAGAAGCAGUUGGAAAAGAAAUCGUAUCUGGAGAUCCUCCAACUCUGAGUCGACCACGCAGAUGGUCUCCAGCUUUUAACUCCUUUAUUGAUCUCUGUCUAACCAAAGAUCCCAAAGACAGACCAAUGGCUAAGUUUCUGCUCCAAGAACAUCACUUCAUAACAGAGCUACAGGAUGAAAUGCAAGUGAAAGCAGAAAUGAAAGACUUAAUCAGAAGACUGAAUGCAGCUAAACAUCUAGCUUCAAAAACAGCAGAAGACAUUGCUAGUGCUGCAGUAGAAGAAGUGCCCAGUGACGUUGUUGUGUCACUGGACACAAAAAAAGAAAAAACAGCAGAGAAUGCUGAAGAAGCUGCUUCAGAGGUUCAUGUGGAUGAACCAGCCAGUGAAGAAGUUGUGGAGGCAAUUUCACCACAAGAUGUCGGCUCAACCGACAUUAUGGGGAAACAGGACACCAUAUGUCAUAUUAAAAUAGGUGAACCUGAGAAGGAUGUUGAAGCCUCAACUACACCUAAGGAGGACCCACUUCAGUCCAGUGAAAAAGCCCCAGAACUUUCAGUUUCUCAGGAUUUGUCUCCACAAGAGGAAGUCGGCUCAACCGACACUGAAGAGGAACAGACCACCGUAUGCCAUAUUGACAUGGGCGAUUCUGAGGAGGCUCCACACACCUCAUUUCAGUCAAGCAAAGAAGCCCCAGUAUUAGAAGAGAAUACUGGAGAUUAGGUCACAGAAAAUGCUAGUGACUUUAUAGGCUUAGUAAUGUUAUUGUUAUUAUUGUUACUGGCGCUUUUUCAUCAACCGACACAAAAAUAGAAGAAACAGCAGAGAAUGCUGAAGAUCUAGCCUCAAAAACAGCAGAAGACAUUCCUAGUGCUGCUGUAGAAGAAAUGCCCAGUGACGAUGUUGUGUCACUGGACACAAAAAUAGAAAAAACAGCAGAGAAUGCUGAAGAAGCUGCUUCAGAGAUUCAGGUGGAUGAACCAGCCAGUGAAGAAGUUGUGGAGGAAAUUUCACCACAAGAUGUCGGCUCAACCGGCAUUAAGGGGAAUAUAUUUAUAUUCAGAAGAUGAAAUUCUGCAUCUUCAUUUCUUGCAAAUGGUUUUCUACAUUGGGAUAUAAGUAAAAGAGGAGGAAGGAGGCACAUUUAAUUCAGAAGAUGGAAUUCUGCAUCUUCAUUUCUUGCAAAUAGUUUUCUACAUUGGGAUAUAAGUCAAAGAGGAGGAAGGAGGCACAUUUAAUUCAGAAGAUGAAAUUCUGCAUCUUCAUUUCUUGCAAAUAUUUUUCUACAUUGGGAUAUAAGUGAAAGAGGAGGAAGGAGGCACAUUUAAUUCAGAAGAUGGAAUUCUGCAUCUUCAUUUCUUGCAAAUGGUUUUCUACAUUGGGAUAUAAGUAAAAGAGGAGGAAGGAGGCACAUUUAAUUCAGAAGAUGGAAUACUGCAUCUUCAUUUCUUUUUAAAGGUUUUUUUCUAAAAUAAACCAACCAUUGUACAUCUUGA